AUGGGCCUUACUGAGAAGCAGCUACAACUCGCGGCCCGGGAACUGAGAUCUUGCUUCCAGCUACUGCUUGCUGCUGCUGCGUGCGUCCGGAAUCAGCUUGAGACAGGUAACACAGUAAACACCUCAGAGUCCUUUCUUUCAAAUGGAAGAGGGGAAGGCAGAGAUAAAAGGAACUCUUCAAACUUCACCUUCUUUCCUUGUGGCUUGUGCUCUCCUCCUCCUCCACCCCCUCCAACGCCUCCCCGGCCUCUGCCACCAAAUCUACCUGGGCCACCUGGGCCACGACCUCGGCCUCUGCAGCCACCUUCACCCUUAGACUUGGCCCAGUCCAAAGUAACUUUGUUUCCAUCAAUUUCACCAUCUUCCAUGGCCUCCUUGACAGCUUUGGCAUCUUCCUCACUGUUGAAGUCUACAAAACCAAACCCCUUGGAGGAUCCAGUCUCCCGGUCAGUGACUAUCCUUGCACAAAUCUCCUUUAAUGUCUCUUCUGUAGUAUCCUCAGACAGACCUUUGACAAACUGAGUUUUGGAUGGUUGGCUUCUUGCAUUAGGUGAUCCCCUGGGUCCUUGCAACUCCAGCCUGAUUGCUCUGCCCUCAAUUUCCCUUUUAUUACAUGAAUUUAAAGCUUCUUAAGCAACUUCUACAGUAGUUCCCAGAUCUUGCAACCCAAUAGCCCUGUCGGGGAAGGAAAAAUUAUCAGGAAAAUAUAACAUUUUCUCAGUGAAAAUGUAUUGUGUCCUAAUCAGCCUUACUCCUUUUUUACGCUCUUACUGA